AUGCCGUCCUCCUUGGCCUCUAGCGAGCGCUCUGGCUCGGUCAAGUCGCACCACAGUCCUAAGACGUCUCUUCAUACCAAGGCUGACCCUAACAUGGCCCUACAUGAACAAGAACCUACCGCUGUGAACCUCCAACCUGGAUCUCGGGAUAUAUUCUCACUACGAAGCAUCCAGCACAAGGACCGGGAUGGAAAGCUCAUCACGGAUCCCGAUAUCUCCAACCCCACACGGAGCCGCUUUGAGCGCCCGCUCGACACUAUCCGAUCGUUUGAUGCAGCCAUCGACGCCCAUCGCAAACAGCAACGGAUUUGA